CAAUCCUAGUUGACCAAGUCAAGUCCUGAGUUGGAAGACAUUAUGAAGUUCCUUAUGGUGUAUUGUGAAAAAGCACGCAUUGGAGGCGAUAAAGGCCUGGAACAAAUGUACACGGCUGUUUCCGGCUUAUCCAAUGAUGAACAUGAAUCACUUUUGUCCUUUUUGGACACGAAAUCGACAGAGAUGUCCCCUCAACAAGAUCUCAUCUUGUUACGAGUCAAUCACAUGCCGAUUCUAAAUUUUCUGACGGACAAUUGCGGUUAUGAACUCAUGGGAUCCGAUCCCAAAAUGGAAAAGAUCGUUCCCAAAAUGGAGGGAAAGACUCGCUUUUUGUUUAUUUAUCAUUUGCAAAAGAAAUAGAAUUCAAGUAUUCAUUUUCCCUGGUGUGACGAUGGUUCUUCCGGAAACGUUAGAUAUUCCUUGAUGAACUAAAAGUUUCUUUGUGAAAUAAAGAAAAGGGUCACAAAGCCGUGGGUGAAAAUCUUUGAAACCGGUUUCUAAACACCAAUUCAUCUAAUCCAAUUUAGGAUCGACUAUCUUCUCUUCGCUUAUUUCGUCUAAUUUUCUAAUCCACUUUAAACUUUAGACAAGUGACAGAAAAUGUGUUUUGCACCAAAAACUGGCAUUUUCAAGGAAUGUCAAAUCGAUACUCAAUUCAAAAAGACAGUUUCCUGUCUUGAAGUACGUCGACAAAGCUAAAAGAAAUGCCUCUGAAACCGUUUCAUGUCCUCUGAUCAGGUCAGGACUGAAAGUCUCAUCAAAUGGUUUGAUCAAAUGACAAGUUUUCUCCCAAAUCAGGUUUGAAGGGCUCCAAGAAAUCCGGGCGGGGUUUGCUCACCUUCUAUAUUAAGAAGGUAACUUUCUUUCGACUUUGUCUCAUUGUCAAGUUGGACCUCGAUCUAUUCACAAGGGCCAUCAUGACUAGGACAACUCUAGUCUUGGCUAUUAUUCUACCUAUUGCCUUGUCUUCGUUCAUUCCCUUGGAUCCUUAUCGACAAGGAAACAAGCGAAGGCUUCAGGUCUUGGACGUGACCGUCUACAACAACCAAGGCCAAUGCGACCCGCAUGUGGAGGAGUGGAACGUCUGGGAUGGGGGUUUCGUCGGCAAGAUUCAAGUAGAUGAGGACAAAUCCAAGGAUUGGACGGUAGAGAUCGAGCUCGACAAGAGUGUCGAUUCGUUCGAAGUGUUUGGCGGACAGACUGACAAAUCUUCGGGGGACAAAUUCGUCGUGACUUCGGGAGACUGCGAAUCCAGCCAAUUUGUGGUCAUGGGCAAGUUUGCCAAGAACGCCGUUGGACCUAUGCUGAAGACCAUUAAGGUCAAUAAUGAAGCCAUCAUCUUCUGCAACAAGGAAGACGAACCUUCACCAGUUGAAACUCAACCGGAUGGUCCAAAUGAAACUGAGGAGACGGAAGAUGAACAAGGAGAGGAAGAAGCUGCGGAAACGGUUGUGUCUCCAGCUGUUGUCCCUGGAUCCAGGAACCAUGUGGAUCUACCAGAAAAGAUCAUUGGUUUGUAUGUUCUCUUGGCUGACGAUGAUGAAGACGGUUUCGAGAGUGAAGCUGAGUGGGAGCCCAAAUUGUACUCUUGGCAGCAAAAUGCCGCCAAUGUGCUCUUCUUCACUUUUAUCCACCCAACCACUAUGGAUGUCCCACCCUCUUUCAAGAAGCUUUCGGAUACUCGUGGAACCAACACCGAAGGCGCAGUUCCCGCUGAUACCACCAUCAUUUUCGCGAUUGGCGGAUAUGCCUACUCUAUCGACCCUAAUCCAUGGGAUUGGUUGACCUCCAAAGAAAAAGCCGAAGCCAUGGCUGAGAAGGUGGCUAAAUGGUAUGAUGACUAUAACUGCGAUGGCAUUGACUUGGAUCUGGAGGAAGGUGCUGGGGCCAAGAAGGAAGCCGGACCCAACAUGAUUCACUUUGUUCGAAAACUGAGGCAACUUCAACCCAAGAUGAUCAUCAGCCAGCCAACCUAUGGUUACCCACAGGUUCAAGCCGAGAUUGACGUGAUCAACGCUGGUUGGGAUGAGAAUGGCAAGAGUACGAACUUGAUCGAUACCGUUGGGCUUAUGGUUUAUGAAGGUGAUCAGGCCUUGAACUAUGUCAAAAACUACGCCAAUGGCGCAGGUCAAUGGGAGGGAUUCCCUGUCAAGGUCAACGUACCCACUGAUGCCAUCCUAUUGGGAGCCAAAGGUUCCAUCCGACCCGAUGUGGCUAUUCGAUUGGCCAAGGAGUCCGUGAACCAAAACCUUCGAGGAAUCAUGGUUUGGUACACAAGUGUCAAGAACGGUUUCAAGUAUUCCCCAGUCUGGGAUUGGACUGAGGAUUCGUCCUUGGGGCUUUUGGAGGCCCGACGAGUCUUCGACGAACAUCUGGCACAUCAAUCCGGUUGAUUGAAUAAUAAUGAAUCACUUAUAGGAACGUCAAAUUUCAAAAAUAAACUCAUAUUCGUCUUAGUUCGCAUG